AUGCUCGCAGCAAUCUCCAUCCCCACACUACUGCUUCUGGCUAGCGUUGCCGUAGCUCAAGAAGAGACGCCCUCGGUCGCGACCUCGCCAUUCGUCAGUCCCACGCCCGAGUCGGAGGCAAUCUUUACCAUUCAGACCUCUGCUGAUCCGGACCCAUGGUCAUGCUAUAUGGACUGCGUGCAGCCUCCAUGCCCGCCAUGCACCGGUAGCAUGAUGAGCAUCCCACCCGUUACAGAAACAGAGUCUGUUGGCUCAAUCAGCCCUGUCCCUAUGCCUAGCGUGACAGACGUAUCGAUUCCACCCGUUACAGAGUCUGUCGUUACAACUCCCGUUCCUAUGCCCAGUGCAACGGACGUGUCAAUUCCCCCUCAAGAGUCUAGUGGUGUCAUGUCGAUUCCAGCGGGCGAGACACCUGAACCUAGCGCUUCUUCGAGCGGCAGUUCGGGCGCGAGUGCAACUAGCUCUGGUUUACCAGAGCAGACGACGAAUGCUGCCGCGCCCUUGGCCAUGGGUCACGAAUUCCCAGUUUUGGUCGCUAUUGCUGGCGCGCUAGCUUUCCUGUAA